GCUGCUCUGCUGUCUGUCUGCCACACUGCUGAGGUGAAGAGGAAGCCCUGAGGGCCUCAGAGAUGACGACUGGAUGGAUGAGGUCGACCCUGGAGCCUGAACAUCGACUGACAACGCAAGACAGCAAACACUACCAGGAGGCGCUGGACAGCCUGGAGGACAGGAAGUCAGGGAUGACGGAGGAGGAGGACGAGGAAGAGGACGAUGCUCUUGGCCCUCAGCAUCUGGAGGACGACCAGCUGAAAAAACCUCGCAGAAAAGAUACACCUGUCCUCAACUGCCCUCCACAUAUACCAGGCGUGAGACUGAUGAAGGGGGAGAAGCAGAUGAUCCACUCCGAGGAUGAGGAGAAGAAUGUCAAGGAUUAGAGGACUCUACGCCUUUGGUCAAUGUUGCUUUUCUCUGUUUUUGUGAAUGUUUUAUCUGCGCAAUUUC